GAAGAGGAAAACAGCUCACACGUUUCUUGUUGGCCUCCAUUAACAGGAAGUUUGCGAUCUCUAACGCAUUAGUAAAAUUUAUAUUUUCCUCGAGACUUCAACAGAAUAAUAGGGUUUAUAGAAAAUGGCGUUAAAAAGGAUAAACAAAGUAAGUGUUGAUGUUUUUGUAUCGGCGUUUUCUGGCGAAUGAAGAGUUGAAAGUAAAUGUUAACUCCCAUGGCUACGGUGUACCCUUUCGGUCGUGCAUGAAAAUUGUAUGGGCGAUCCACAUUGGUUGUUAAGAGUGUUUUGAAAAGUUUUGAUUAAGCGGUGUCCGGCCCAUCUAGUUGUUUGGAUGAGUUGGAAUUUUUGUUGAGUUUCAUCGUCAUUUCUCAGGAAUUGCAGGAUUUAGGACGUGACCCGCCAGCACAAUGUUCCGCAGGACCAGUCGGAGAUGAUUGUAAGUGAAAUAUGUUUCACAUGACAAGAUUUGGUAUGUUUCGCGGACUUUGUAGAAAUUUCUGGCUCACAGACUAUUUGAUUCUCUAAAGCUAGCAUUUCAAAGAUUAUGCGUGUUGUUAAGCUCACUGUAUUUCAAUUGCGUCAAUCUGUAAAUGUUAACAUUGUUUUCUCCUCGUAUAUUUUUGACUUGGUAUGUACGAAUGAAGUAUUUCACUGGCAGGCGACAAUAAUGGGACCGGUAAGGAAAUUUUAUAUAUUUGAAUCUUUGCUGUCAUAUAAGUAGAUUCGAUGGAAAACAUUCCUAAAGGCCUUUGUUAAGUUGUAGUUCUAUUUGUUGUUUCUAUGUGAACAGCCUGAUAGUCCAUACCAAGGUGGAGUGUUCUUCCUUACGAUACAUUUUCCAACAGAUUAUCCCUUCAAACCACCAAAGGUAGGUAAAAUUGAAGUAUUUAAUAUAAACUCCUCAGCUUAUUUGUUUAUAACAUAUCUUUUGAUUGAAACUAAUCAAAUAUAUCGGGAAGAGAAGUGGAGUUUGUUUUGUCGUGCUGAAGGAACACUUACGUAGUAAGCUUUUCGAUCGAUUUGCAGUGAAAGUGCUCUUUUCCACCUCUCUUCCGGUGAAUUUCAUUGUUAGGUAUUUUGUGGUUGUUUGAGUUAGCUCCUUUAGUAUUUUAAAAUGCUUUAGCUUGACGGUCAGAAUUUGUCUCAGCUUUGAUGUAGUCGGGUAAUGGACUUCAAUUCUAGUACUGUCAUGACAUGCGAGUCGAUCGCAUGCAAGUUUCACUCAGACAAGCUUUUCCUUGAAAUUAACCCUAAUUUAUUUUUAAAAAAAUGGCGCCUUGUGUGCAGAUUGUUUCUUUACAUCAGUGAAUUCGAUCGAUCGUUUUGCAAAAGCAGACAGCUAUUCUGUAAAUUUCCAAAUCUCUACAUCAGUAGUCUGUCUUAGGUCCAUACCUCAUUUAAUCAAAACUACAACAAGAUUCUUGAACGUGAUUGGUUAUCACCAGCCCCAUUUGAGCACUAAUAGGACAGUGAAGGCAACAUGCUUGUAACUGGACAGUUAAAGGGACAGUUAAUAUGUCAUGCCUGUCAGAGUGGACCAAAUGCUUCAUGUGUGCACACUGUUUUCUUGCAUUUUGCAGAGUUAACUGUUGUUGUUGUUAUUUUUUAUGAAAUGUACAAUCAAUAUCUAGCUUCUUUCUCAAAUUUUGUCAUAGCUUUGAUUAAUAGGCAACAGUACUUUGUGUCAUCCAAUUCUGUCUGCAAUUACGCUCAUGAUUAACAAAUUGGACUCCACUUUGUGAUCAUCUGAUUUUGUUUAUCACUCCUAUGAUUACAGACCAAAUUGGACUUGACUCAGUACUAUUACCAUUAUUAAUUGACAUGACUGUACAACACCAUGAUUUUAAUAUUGCAUUAGGGACUGAAUAAACUAUGGGUAUGGGUAUGGCCCAGUAGGGUAUGAUUUGAGGAUCUGCAAUGAAACUUGAAUAAACAGUAGAGGGGCCACCUUGUAUUAAGCAGACAACAACCCAAAUUUUUUCCCAAAUUUUUGGUCCCAGUAAAAUAAACCUCAGUUCAGUAUAUAUCUCUAACAGGUGGCUGCAGAGGCCAGGGGUAUGUGGUGUUCUUUUUUUUUUUGUUAGGAAGACAUUACUUGAUGAAAGAUUUUUUAUUAUUAUUUCUAUUGAAUUCAGUAAAAGAUAAAGCUGGGUACCUUUUAAAUGGUUAUUCUCAUAAUUACAUUAUUUCUGUCUUCAUGAAACAAUCAGAUACAUUACUGACUUUCCACAAUUUUUUUUCUUCUUUUUUUUUUUUUUUUUUUUUUUGGGGGUUUACAGCUACUGUUACAGUAUAAUUUGCUUGACCUGUAUUAAGUUGACAUACUGUAUUUAGGUGAGUCUAGCAAGUGUCCCUUGGUUGCUAGCCAAAUUCAGGUCUCUCUAUGCUUCUUUUAACCUCCUUUUGACCUUUCAGUCACUGAUCAGUUUUUAUUACUGAGUUCCCUCCUUUUAACUUACAUUCAGAAGUUUUGUCACACUCAGGGGACAAGAGAGAAUGGUUUGAGAUCAAAAUUGCAUGACAUAAAGUUCAUUGACCACUUACAUGUAAUUAUAUCCAUUUUGAAAUCAAUCAAUUUGAUCACCUAAUUUCAUUUGUCAAACAUUUUAUUGAAAUGAAAGAAAAUGAAAAAUUUUUAAUUAAUUUAACAGCUGAAGUCUGAAGUCUGAUUGGUUGUUUUAGUGUGGAGCUCUAUGUUAAAAUUGCUUGGCAGAGGAAAAGGUGCAGUUGAGAGCAAAACUUAGUGUAACUUGUGUUUAGAUUGUUCUGUUGAUGAUCAAUUUGAUGGUUAGGAUAACAAGUGAUUUCAAAAUGGAUGUACUUUGUAGAGUAAUGAGAGGUACUCAGUUGUGAAGUCUUAGUAAACUGUUUACUUGUGUAUCUUUCAUUGUUUUCAGGUAUCAUUUACAACAAAAAUAUAUCACCCUAACAUAAACAGCAAUGGUAAUAUUUGUCUUGAUAUAUUACGAUCGCAGUGGAGUCCAGCACUAACAAUUUCUAAGGGUAAGAGUGCUGAAAGGCCUAUUGAAAAAGCAUUAGCCUGAGUUAUGCAGAAUUGUGAUAGUCUUGUUGGAUAGUGUGACAAUAUUUAUUUUUUUCUCUCAGACAUGCAAAUUUUUCUCAAAGUUGCCUUUUGGCUACCUUGAACCAAAGUAACAGGUAGAUUAUUGGUCAGUCAUGGAAAUAAACUCUUUUCACUAAAAUGUAUGAUUGGUUAAACUGUUGACUACGCAAUGAAACUUUGUCUUUGAAAUAACUGAAAUGGUCCUUUAACUGUCACCCUCAAAUUGGGGACACACAUGUCAAAUCAAGCCUUAAUUCUCAGACAACUAAUGAUGUCAACUGAAUUAGAGGUUGUAGAUUUAAGUCAUGGGUGUAUGCUUCUCUUGUGUAGAAGGAAGGCUAAAAAUGCUGACUGGCCGCAGCUUGGUAUCUGUCACAUGAUCACAGGUUGCCAAAUUCAGGACCUUAAAUUUGUAGUUAUUUUAGUGACCAAACUGAUUGAUGCUUGAUGAAUUAAUGCUCUGAGAGAGAAAUGCAUCAUUUUCCAAAGUUAUUUGACCUAUGAUAUUUCUUUUUUGUUGCAGUUCUUUUGUCAAUAUGUUCACUGCUUACAGAUCCAAAUCCAGAUGAUCCAUUAGUGCCAGAUAUAGCACGUCUAUACAAAUCAGACAAGGGUAAAUAUGAAACUGAAGCUAAGGAGUGGACUCGGAAGUACGCCAUGUGAAGUUUGGUGGAUUCUUGUUUCUGUCUCUCCUUCUGUAUUGUGCUAGAAGUAAAGUCUUGCUUUUGUCUUAAAACUGUCUAUCCUUAUCUCUACAGAUGUUCCUCAUUAAUCUGUAAGUUAUUGUUAGUACUUUGUAUGUACUAUACCAUUUGUACAGUUAUCUGACGUCGUGGGUAAUGUCUCUAUUUCAUCAAAACUUGAAUGGGGUAUCCUCAAAUAAUUUAUGGUAGCAUCAACCUGUGAUUACCGUAAAGCUUUAACCAAAAAAAAAAUUAAAAAGGUAUUAAUUACAGCAGCGAAGUCUUUUAGAAUGCAUUAGGUAGACAUUUAUACAGAGGCAGUACCAGAGUUUGAAUUGUGUGCAUCAAGUAAAUAUUGUAGGAGAUGUUUAAAAGAUAUGCAAUUGUGAAUUGUAAACUCAUGUUUACUAUGUCUUGGUCAGUUGCAGGAGAAUUUUUUUCUAAUACAUGCGCAGUUGUUUUUGAUUGUAUUUUUUCAAAAUUUUAAAGCUUGGUUGCCAGUGUUAUUAAUGGCUUUCAGAGGCUAUUUAUGACUCAGUCUUCAAAGCUUGUUGCCAUAUGCACAAAUAAUGAAUUAGCACCCAUUUGGCUGUUUACUGGACCAUGCACAAAGCCUCACCUACUGAAUUUUUGCAAAGUGGUUUGGCCAUCAUGCUGGAUCAUGUAACUGCCAACUUAGGUUAUGUGGCAAGAGCAAGAACAAAAUACUCUCAGUGGUGAUGAGGGUUUGAGACUAGCCCCAGUUUGUUUUGAUAGCAGCCUUCCUUCCCCCUCCACCCUCAUCCUGUGGAAGUAUAAAAAAUUUUGUCUCAAGACAGGACAACUUUACUUGUGAUCCUUCCUCACACAAUUACCUUGGUUGGUGGCUCCUUGAUCACACUUUUUAAUCCAGUGAUUUGGUGGAGAAAGUAAAGAUCUUUUGUACUGGAGUCAGUCAAAGUGUGCAUUAUCUGUUUGCCUU